CGCCCCGCCACUGUUCCAGGUGAGUCAAGCUUCUGCUCUGGCCCGCCCACCUGUCCAGGUUCAGCAGUCUCAGCCGGAAGCCGCCUCCACCGACUGUGCAGUGUCUGAAGGGCUUGUGCCCCGAGGCUGCCUGGAGCCUGGGGUGUCCCUGGAGCCAGGACUUUUUCUGGCAGAGGCCAAGGCUCACAGAUGUCAGGCCUAUCCAUGACUGAAGAAAACAUAACAGCCUCCUCAGGGACCACCAAUGCAUCAACAGUGGCCCCUGGUCUGGGCACCGGGGGCCGGGCAUGGCCUGUGCUGGUAGGGGUUGUGCUGGGGGCGGUGGUCCUCUCCAUACUCAUCGCGCUCGCUGCCAAGUGCCACCUCUGCCGCCGAUACCAUGCCAGCUACCGGCAUCGCCCGCUGUCCGGAGCAGGGGGUGGGAACCGCCCACAGGUGGGUGAAGAUGAGGAUGACGAUGGCUUCAUUGAGGACAAUUACAUCCAGCCUGGGGCUGGUGAGAUGGAGACGACAGGAAGCCGGGACCACUUCUCUCUCUGAGCCCCAUCUUUGGACACUUUCCUCCAUGCCUGGCAGUUUAAUGACAGCGAUGCCUCAAGUCUCAGGGUCAGAGUUCGCUAGUACCUAAAGGUUGACCACGAGCCUGUUUUCUGGCACUGGUCGCCAAAGUGACAAUUCUGUUUCUCAUUAACUCUUCGUGGCUCCCCGCUGUCCCAGGAUACAACCUGACAGUGCGUGAACACGGGAAAAGGCCCCUGUGGGCAAGCCUCUUGAUUUCUUUUCUUUGUCCCCCACUUCCUACUUUACCCUCUUCUUGGGCUGCCUUGACACCCCUCAUGAAGGCAGCCUUGACAACAAGUUCUGGGAUUUCACACACGUCCCAGCAGGAGAAGACCGUGCCAAACUUAUUGCUGAAAAUUUUUUCUUAUCAAUAAAGUAUGUGACUUGGUUAUAAUAUAUCAUGUUUUUCACAGUAAUUAAUAAAUCUAUUUUCAUUUUGGAUUAGCA